CCCAGAGCCUCGCCCGUGGCAGCCUCAGGCAUCUCUCCCUCCCCGCCCUAACCAGCCCUCCGCCACCUCUGCCAACCCAUUGCCAGUCCCAUCCCCGGUGCGCAAGUCCUAGACACUCCGCUGCCCGCCCGCCAUGCGCCCUGGCACCCUCGCACGCCUGCCCGGGCCUCCCGAGCUGACCGUCGACCCGGACUGCGCCAUCUGCCACCUCCCCCCCAACGCAAACUGCGGCUGCGAGGCCAAUGCCAUGGUCGCCGCCGUCAAGGAGGCAGAGUCCCGCGUCAUGAAGCCAGAGUAUCGCAAAGUCAGAGAAUGGGCCCGGCACCGCGCCCAAGACUACGUGCUCCAGUACUUUGGCCUGCUCUCGGAGCGCCGCAAGCAGGACUACCGUGCCCGCGUGGCCGAGCUGACCGACAACGCGCGGCGCUAUUACGGCGCCCUCCCGCACCCGAGCGACAUGCGCGCAGCCCACGAGCAGCUGCGUCGCGGCAUCAACGAGGACUGGAAGGCCAGCGUCACCCGCUACCCCGAGGUGCUCGACUACUUCUUCAGCCUCGUCAAGGUCAGGUACCCCAGCGACUCGGAUCCCCGGGUCAGGGACCCGCCGCUGUCCGCGAUGAACGGUAUUGUGAGGCGGUCAGGGCGGUGACGACGGGGGGCCAGGGAGGGGGUUGUGACUGAGGAUGAUUUUGUGCGAUCAUGACGAGCAAAGCACCUUUCUGAUGUUCGAGGGGCAGGCGGACGUGCGAUUGGGGGCAGCCCGUGGCAGACGAAGCAUCAGCCUACCCACAUGAUACGACGACUUUACGAUGGGACUCUGCCCGCAUUUUCAUGAUCUCGUUAUUUAGGCGCACCUAGGAGUUUUAAAAUGCUUUUGGUAUAUACAUCUCAGCCCAGCUCGCUCGAGUUCUCAAAUAUGUACAUUGCGCCUUGUAA